CAUUCAGAUGAAUAUAGCGAAUAAAAUUCAUGGUAGCAUGAGCAUUUAUAGUGCUUUAACAAAAGGCCUUGUCGGUCAAUUCCACUGUAUAUAACAGAUCACUCGGUUCUGUUCUGCUGCAUUGCGCCACCCUGAAUACUUCAAAGCGUGAUGAUCUGUUGGUUGUGACUUCCAAAAAAACUGACCAGUCAAAAAGUGCUUUUCAGUUCUACAUUUUUAAAAUCUAAAUUAACCUAUAAACCAUUAAUCCCUAACACUUUAAUUCAAAGUGACUUACAAUUUAUUAAAUGUAUACAUUUUCUUAACAAGGGUUCCGGGGAAAUAAGCAAUAUUAAAUUAAUGUUAACAUACAUGCAACUUCAAAACAAAAUGCUGUGAUGAGAAACUUGAUGUUAUGGUAGCGGUUUAAAUAUCAUAACAACAUUACCUUACCAACUUUAUCAGGAAAAAAAUCUGAAACCAUGACUGUAGUUUUCAUGAACUGACAUAACAAAUACAAUUGCUAUGUUAUUGGUUUGUGAGAUUCCCCAUGAAAGUUAACGUCAUGCCUCAAUAACAGAUUUCCUAUAUAUUCUGUCCCCAUGCACCAACUACAUUUGUCUGUGUCAGUUAUGGCACAGCUCUAUGCAACUCUGCUCACAUUUUGCCUUCUGCUGUCUACUGGUGUGCAGAGUCAAUCUAAAAGCAAAGACAAGUGCAUGUAUCAGGGAGAUGAGGAUACUCUCAGUUUUUACCAAAAGGGAGAUGUUGUUUUAGGGGGGCUUUUUCCUUUGCAUUUCAGCCCUGUAUCAUCAUCUGAUUUAUUAUUCAGGACCAAACCCAUGCCAACAGAGUAUAAAUUCUUUACCCCUAGAGCACUAAGGUGGAUGCAGACGAUGAUCUUUGCAGUAAAAGAAAUAAACCAGCGGCAGGACCUCUUGCCAAAUGUGUCUCUGGGCUACCACAUCAGAGACAGCUGUGAUGACAUACCCGUAUCUGUAAAGAGAUCUCUUCUACUGGUCAAUGGACAGCCAGAGAAAGGCAGUGGACAAAGCUGUGAAGACACAGAAAAACAACCCAGUCCUGUAAUAGUGGGAGACGCUGCAUCAGGAAUAUCCAUGGCUGUUUUAAGAACUCUAGGAUCUUUUAAGAUACCUUUGGUGAGCUACUUUGCAUCCUGUUCCUGUCUCAGUAACAAGAGAGAGUUUCCAACAUUCAUGCGCACAAUGCCAAGUGAUGUUUUUCAGAUAAAGGCUUUAGUAAAACUUUUCCAUUAUUUUCAGUGGACAUGGGUCGGGGUGAUCGGUGUGAAUAAUGACUAUGCUCGCUUUGCCGUCCAGCUCUUCCUGAAAGAGUCAGAAAGAUUUAAUAUUUGUCCUGCUUAUGUCCACUUUUAUCCUGUUGCUCCCAUUAAAGAUGCCGUUGAGGAGCUUGUGAACAUUUUAAAAGCCUCUUCUGCCACAGUCAUACUGAAUUUCUCUGUGGAAUCAGAUCUGCAUAGUAUCCUAACAGAAUGCAGACGACAAAAUGUUACACAUCUUCAGUGGAUUGCUAGUGAAGCCUGGGCCACAUCACAAGCACUAUGGGACAGUUUUGGUGAUUUGUUAAAAGGAACUUUGGGGUUUGCCAUACGAAGGGCUGAAAUUCCACAUCUUGGUAGUUAUCUGAGGACAGUAAGUGUUUCAGUUGCACAAACAUCCCAUUUUCUUUCUGAGUUAUGGGAAGAGACUUUCCACUGUCACCUGAAUGGAUCUUUAAAUACUCAUGUACAUGGAGAAGGGGCACAGAACUGGCCACCCUGCAAUGGCAGUGAGAGCCUGGAUGAUGUGUACACCCCUUAUUUAGAUGUUUCACAACUCAGAGUCUCUUACAAUGUUUACAAAGCUGUGUAUCUAAUAGCACAUGCACUACAUGAUAUGAACACAUGUGUCCCAGGAAAGGGCCCUUUUCAGAAUGGGACAUGCGGGAGUCUGUAUCCCAUUCUGUCAUGGCAGCUCUUGCACUACAUGAAACAAACAAAUUUCACAACAUUAGGAGAAGAGGUUCGAUUUGAUGACAACGGUGACCCCAUUGCAUCCUAUGAUCUGAUAAACUGGCAAAGAGCCCCUGAUGGUUCCCUUCAGCUGGUGAGGGUGGGCUUCUAUGAUGCUUCCCUCGAUGAGGACAAAGACCUGGUAAUAGAUGAGCCAAUAAUUAUGUGGCACAGAGGAGAGAAGGCCCCAGAAUCACUGUGCAGUAAAAGUUGCCUGCCAGGCUUCAGGAAGGCUCGGCAGAAAGGAAAACCACUCUGCUGCUUUGACUGUAUACCAUGUGCUGAAGGAGAAAUCAGUAAUCAAACAGACUCAAUUGAGUGCCUGACAUGUUCUAAGGAGACAUGGCCAAACCAAGCUCAAGACCAUUGCAUUCCCAAAACUUUAGAGUUUUUGUCCUUUCUGGAGCCAUUGGGAAUGGUUUUAUGGGUAGUGUCAGCAUUCGGGGCCUGUGCAACAUUAGCAGUGCUUGGUGUGUUUAUAAUGUACAGGAAGACUCCGGUCAUUCGAGGAAAUAAUAUGGAGCUAAGUUUCCUUCUCCUGUUGUUCCUCUGUGCAUGCUUUCUGAUUAGUCUCACAUUUAUAGGGAAGCCCACUGAUUUGUUAUGCCGGAUUCGGUAUCCAGCCUUCGGAAUCAGUUUUGCUCUUUGUAUCUCAUGUAUCCUUGCAAAAACCGUGGUUGUUUUAAUGGCUUUUAGGGCCACCCUCCCUGGCAGUAAUGUCAUGAAGUGGUUUGGUCCUGCUAAACAAAGAUCAAGUGUAAUCCUGUGCACUUGUGUGCAAGCACUUAUUUGCAUCCUAUGGUUAACAACAAAGCCCCCUUUUGCUUCACUUAACACCAAGUUUAUGAGUGCAACUUUAAUUGUCGAAUGUGCUGUAGGAUCCGAAUUUGGAUUUUGGUGUGUGCUAGGAUAUAUUGGCGUCCUUGCCUGCCUGUGUUUCUUAAUGGCAUUUUUAGCCAGAAAACUACCUGAUAACUUUAAUGAGGCUAAAUUUAUCACAUUCAGCAUGAUUAUAUUUUUUGCGGUGUGGAUCACCUUCAUUCCAGUUUAUGUGAGCACACGUGGAAAGUAUAUGGUUGCUGUUCAUGUAUUUGCUAUUCUAGCUUCUGCCUUUGCUCUUCUGUUGUGUAUAUUUGCACCUAAAUGUUAUAUUGUAUUACUGCAACCUGAAAAAAAUGACAAAAAGAAAAUGAUGAAAUAGUACGCAUACCAUAAACACUUAAAGUACCAGUCUAGUUGUAUGUGUGUGUGAAAUUUACACAGCCGCCACAUUUGUCACUUGACAACAAAAUGUAACUUGAGUAACUUGUUUAUUAA